CGCCCCCGCGUUUCUGGGUUUUGCGCAUAUCGGUGGCCAAGACUACACUCGAUACUUCGCAAGGUGAAGCGAGCCGCAGCUCUCCGUCUGGUCUAGCAGUCAAAGCUUGGCAGUCGGACAACAAGCCCUGCCACUCUACAGUGCUUUGCCUGCUCACGGAACGCCUGUCCUCGGCAUGGGCCCGGCCAGUACGGGUCAGCAGAAAAAGCCAUGGCAAUCUCUUGCAAAGGCCGCAAUCUCGAUGGUCGCUGACAGCGCAAAAGGAGAUCUUCUGCCGUGCGGUGAGGAGCCACUCCGCCUCCUCAACUCCAGCCUAGAGCUCCUCGCUGAGCUGCCUUUCACAGAGCACAACCUCACAUCUUGUGUGCUCAAUUGCGAGGACCUCAUCGCUCGGUGUGAUGCAGCAUUCCGCUCCGGGCCUUGGAAAGAUGUUCCGAGGUACUGGAGGCGAUUAUAUGCGGAUGCGGCCAUUCUCAAGGCCGUUAGCAAGAUUGGCACAGUCCAGCUUGCGCAAGAGGCAAAUCAACAGAACAGCGCAAGCCAAGCUUCCUCGUCGAAGCGAAAAGUCGAAGACCCUCAGCAAGAGGUCAGUCACGAAGAGUUUCAUGAAGCUCUGCUAGACUGUAUCGGCACACUAGACCUUGCCAUUGUAGUGGCAGGAGCACCUGGUUGUGGACGUAAGGAGAUGAUACUCGACCUCAUCGAGGUCAGUCAGUCACGCCUCUCGGGUCGGUAUUCUCUGCAAGACUACCAUACGAAGAAGGCCCGAAGAUCUUCAGGUGGCGCUUCAACGAUCUCACUGACCACUCAGACAGUGCAUCACCCCCAAGUGCGAGCUACUGUCCGGAUCCCGGAGCCAUCCAGUGCUCCAACAUUUGACUCUUUCAUAGCCAAAGAUCAUAAAGUCCCGUUUGUAUUGCGAGGCUUUGCAAAAGAUUGGCCCGCUUGCGAACAGCUGCCUGGCCAACCGCAUACUCGCUGGUCCAGCGGACAGUACCUCCUCGAGACCGCUGGAGGCAGAGGUCGGGUCGUGCCUUGCGAGGUGGGAGGCAAGUACUCCGACGACGAUUGGGGACAGCAAAUCCUUCCUUGGCAAGAUUUCCUCGCUCGCUCUGGCUGGCAAGUGGGCUCUUCAGACAUGUCAGAACACGAGCCAUCCAGGCAGACGCUCUAUCUGGCCCAGCACACCCUCUUUGAUCAAUUUCCCAAGCUCGAGGCAGACAUUCUUCCCCCGGACUACGUCUUUGCAAGCGCUGAGAUAUCCGGAUACGCCCCUCCAGUGAAGACCAUGGAGGGAGACGAAGAUGAUGGCGAACAACGGCGUGUCAUCGAGGACGUCGUCAAAUCGGUCUGGAUUGGGCCAGAGGGUACAGUCAGCCCUGCUCACACAGAUCCCCACUUCAACUGCUACACGCAAGUCGUCGGGCGUAAAUUGAUUUGGGUGGCCCCUCCCUGGUGCGAUCGUGGUAUGUAUUGCUAUGGAGCAACUACGCCCUCUCCGCCCCCUACGUCACCUCGGACUUCCCCGCAUGGCAAGAAAGCCGAAGCAAAAGGCCCCGAGAAGUCUCCGGGUGUGCCUGACUGGAGCUGUCUCGAGAGCAACGGCGAUGACACAGCCUCAAACGCCAGCGAGAAAGGCGUCGACUUGACCGCUCUCAUGACAAACACAUCGCGCGUGGACGUUUUCUCCUCUGCGCCCACCGUCGAGGAUGAGUACCCCAGAUUCACUGAUGAAGUGGAACCGGAAGCGAUGUGGACUGUCUUGGAACCAGGGGAUAUGCUCUUCUUGCCUCCGCUGUGGUAUCACGGGAUGAAGAGCCUAGAGCGGAGUUUUUCGGUAUCCAUGUGGUUCUAGCGAGUUCCGUGGGGUCUAAUCUGAUGGUGCCUGUCGCCAGCAAAUUCCUCUUAGGUGCCGGUAAACCAGGGCCGGGUGCCUUCACUCCGGACCGUCAUUGCCUUCGCGUACGCGCGCGGCCGGAGCAGUACGGGGUCCCGAGGGGCUGGGCCGGGUCAU